UCUUCAAUGUACAUGCACAUACUCGUACAUGUACAUGUAAUUACUACCUAGCAGUCUUACAAUCGAUUCAAUCCAAUUAUAUUUCAACUUGACUUGCCCUUUAUUGGCGCCUGAAAUCUGAUCCAUUUCACGACGAUUAUCUAUCCACGUGUGGUAUUCACGUUUCUUGGCUCCAAACGGUCGUUACAAACAAUUUGUGCUUGAGAAGAUGAUGCGUUAAUUAUCACAAUCUCAUCUUACUCUAUAAGCCUAUGGAGUUUUUUGAAGUUAUCGGGUCUCUCUCAGGUAUCAUCCAAAGGAGCGAUUCACAUCUAGAGUGUCUCAUAUACUGUGAUCGCCUCAAUAGAGCGUUGGAUAUCCAUAGUACCUUUGCCGACUUUAACAAGGCUGCGAAAUCACCUGAGGAUACUUUGGAAUUCCCAUUGCAUCGAAGUUAUCUUUUGAGGACAUCGAGAUACAUUCUCGUCACCAUUUAUUCAACAAACUCGGUUGCUUGUGAUAUUUUCGUCGCAUAGAACUUUUCAGCAUGACGGCAGAGAGUCUUGAUACCGAUAAAAUUAAAGAAUGGCGAUCUAUAAUCACACUCAUUGUUUUUGUCAUAACUAAUAUUAUUGUCCUUUUCCCUUUUCAUGUUCCAGUAUAUGUUCCUCGAAAAUUAUCCAACGCUUUUCUGGACACCUUAAGUCAUUUGCGAUUGAUCUCGCCAAGGGAGGAAGACUAUAAGCAUGAUCACCAAGAUGGCGAAAGCGGAAAAGUCACGCGUUUCGUUAAAUUGAACUUCCCUUUAAAUUUCGUGACAGCGCCUUUGAUAGCAGAUCUCUUUCUACUCGCUAUCUUGGCAAUCGGCCGACAAGAAGUACACGAUGGGACAGUUGGGGCAAAUAGUAUCAAUCCGAUUGAUAUCAUGGUUUUCUUCAUCACCCUAGCAUAUAUUGCCAUUUCGAUCGAUGCUUCUGGUCUCAUCAGAUAUUUGGCAUUCAAAGUGCUUCAAAAGGGAGGCAAAGUUGGGCAUAGACUGUUCUUCUUCCUCUACGCAUUUUUCUUCUGCCUGGGCGCCUUCAUUGGAAAUGAUCCCAUUAUUCUGUCUGGUACUGCAUUCCUUGCUUACUUGACCAGAGUAUCGAGCAAUAUCAUUCACCCAAGAGCAUGGAUCUUCACUCAGUUCGCAAUCGCCAAUAUUGCCUCGGCCAUUCUUGUCUCUUCCAACCCAACCAAUCUUGUUCUAGCUGGUGCGUUCGGUAUCAAAUUUAUCAAUUACACAGCGAACAUGAUUGUUCCAGUAGUCGCAACAGCGGUUGUUUUGUUCCCAUUCUUACUAUAUAUCGUCUUUGCUGAUGAAGCUCUGAUUCCACUUUCGAUUAAAAUGCAUGAGCUCUCCGAGGAAGCCAAGGCCAAGAAGCCUGUAAAUCCGAAUAUUCCUAAUGCUAAAGGAAGCUCCGGUGAGGAACAGGACAAUGAACCCUCAGAAGAUAAACAACUUUCUCUCGAGGAAAUUAUGAACCCUUUUGUCGAUAAAAAAGGUGCAGCAUUUGGAGCUAUUCUCAUGGCCAUAACACUUAUUAUGGUUCUGGUUCUCAAUGCUAUUAGUCAGAGCAAAGGCGAGUAUCCAGUGUUCUGGGUAACUUUGCCAGCGGCCUUUGUGAUGUUUGUUUGGGAGAUUUCAUUAGGGUGGAUUAACCGACAUGAAACACGCGAGAUCGCUCGCAACGGACGACACGAGGUCGAACUUGCCCGAGCUGAGCGAGCGAUCAGAGAAGAGCAAGAAGCGAGUCGAGUCAUUUUGGAACAAGAGAAGCGAGAUAUUCAAAGUCCGAAUGGAGCUUCUUUGGUGCUAACAAAAUCGCCCGAAGAGUUCGAGAUGAAGCUAAUGGAAGGCGAAAAUGGCCCAAGGAAUAGCCGAACUCCCACGCUUUUGGUAUCGCAAAGUUUCAAUGAGCAAACCCCAAAACCAAGUGAUCCCCUGGACUCAUCUAUCUCAACCCUUGUUCCAACAGAAGACAAUUUGCAAAACAAUCGCUCUUCGACCAGUGUAAUGAGCACACUAGAUGAAAAGAAGGAACCAAAGCUCGCGGAAUCUCUUUCUUCCCCACCAGGAGCAUCGGGUCCACGGAUAAGUCAUAGAUCGGAGUCAAAUGACCGAGCAAUAUCUGAGAAAGCUUACCGCAAGGUCGAAGUCCAAAAGCAGCGUGGUCGUUCAACAUUAGUUUCGCUUUUUGGCGAGGGAUAUCUAUGGUGUCAAGAAACAUUUCCAACUGUUACAGCAGUAGUUGCUCAUCUUCCCUUCGCCCUUGUUCCAUUUGCCUUUUCAAUGUUCGUUCUCGUACAAGCAUUAGUAACCAAAGGAUGGGUUCCAGUAUUCGCUUACGGCUGGGAUCACUGGGUUGAUAAGACCGGUACUGUUGGGGCUAUUGGCGGUAUGGGAUUUCUCUCUUGUAUUCUUUCUAACUUCGCGGGUACAAACAUCGGCACUACAAUCCUUCUCUGUCGCAUAAUCCAAGCGUGGCAAGAGAUCCAUCGUGACAAUGGUCUUCCUAUCAGCGAUCGAACUUUCUGGGGAACAGUAUAUUCGAUGGCUGUUGGUGUAAACUAUGGUGCAUUUAGUACGGCGUUUAGCGCAUCGCUGGCUGGCUUGUUAUGGAGGGAUAUUCUGGCGAGGAAACAUAUUCAUGUUAGAAGGCUAGAUUUUGCAAGAGUAAAUUUGCCAAUCAUCGCUAUUUCGAUGGCGGUGGGGUGUGCGGUACUUGUCGGACAAAUUUAUGUGGUAAGGGGUAAUGGUCGUUAUGAUGUGUGAGUGGCUUUUGAUCGUGGAAGAUGGGGAAAAUAGAUUUUUGUUAUGUAUGUAUGUAUGUAUGUAUAUAUUAUGAUGACGAAAUUAGAUUUGCAUUUCUUGUUAGUAUCAUUCAAAGGCUAGAAAGAUCAUUGUUGUCUCG